CUGUGGGCGGGGCCCGGCGGGGAAGGCGCGCCGGCGCCAUGGUGGAGCGGGAGGAGCGGCGCUUCGUGGAGCUGCCCCGGGAGUCGGUGCGGCUGAUGGCGGAGAGCGCCGGCGUGGAGCUCAGCGACGAGGUGGCGGCGCUGCUGGCCGAGGACGUCUGCUACCGGCUGCGAGAGGCCACGCAGCAGAACAGCUCCCAGUUCAUGAAGCACACGAGGCGGCGCAAACUCACCGUGGAGGAUUUCAACCGGGCGCUGCGCUGGAGCAACGUGGAGGCCGUGUGUGGGUACGGCUCCCAGGACGCGCUGCCUUUCCGGGCCAUCAAGGAGGGCGAGCUGUACUUCCAGGAGGACCGGGAGGUCAACCUGGUGGAGCUGGCGCUGGCCACCAACAUCCCCAAGGGCUGCGCCGAGACGGCCGUGCGAGUGCACGUGUCCUACCUGGAUGGCAAAGGCAACCUGGAGCCGCAGGGAGCCGUGCCCAGCGCUGUCUCCACGCUGACCGACGACUUACUCAAGUACUACCAGCACGUCACGCGGGCUGUGCUGGGUGAUGACCCCCAGCUAAUGAAGGUGGCCCUGCAGGACCUCCAGAGCAACUCCAAGAUCGCUGCCCUCCUGCCCUACUUUGUCUACGUGGUCAGCGGGGUGAAGUCAGUGAGCCACGAUCUGGAGCAGCUGAACCGGUUGCUGCACAUCGCCCGCAGCCUGAUCCAGAACCCCUACCUCUGCCUGGGCUCCUACGUCCGCAGCCUCAUCAGCAGUGUCAUGUACUGCGCCCUGGAGCCCCUGGCUGCCUCCAUCAACCCCCUCAAUGACCACUGGACGCUGCGUGACUACGCCGCCAUGCUGCUUAGCCGCAUUUUCUGGACCCACGGCGAUCUGGUGAGCGGCCUCUACCACCAGAUUCUCCUCUCCCUUCAGAAGGUGUUGGCUGACCCCGUGCGCCCUCUCUGCUCCCACUACGGUGCUGUGGUGGGGCUGCAUGCCCUGGGCUGGAAGGCAGUGGAGCGCGUCCUCUACCCGCACCUCUCCACCUACUGGGCAAACCUGCAGGCCGUGCUGGACGAUUACUCGGUCUCCAACGCCCAGGUGAAGGCAGAUGGGCACAAAGUUUAUGGUGCCAUCUUGGUGGCUGUCGAGCGGCUGCUGAAGAUGAAGGCACAGCAGGUGGCCGGCCAGCAGCCGGAGGGCUCCCCGCGGCACAGCCCCAGGCCGGACCCCCCGGCCGAAGCGGGUUUGGGUCUUGGCCGGCCCCUGCUGCAGCUGGGGGGCGGCGGCGGCCCCUCGGCGGCCCUCACGCCGCCAGCCCUCUCUUUGCAUGACAUGUACCGUGAGCUCUACGACUUCUUCGGCGACAGCCUGGCUGCCCGCUUCGGCACGGGGAUGCGGCCCCCCGCCUCACUGCUGCCGCCCCCCGGCACCCCCGAGAAGGAGCCACCGGCCUUUGGGGGCGAGGGGGCUGCCCGCAAGAUGCCACAGCUGACAGCCAGCGCUGCCGCCAGCCCACCUGAGGAGGAGAGCCCACGGCCGGCACUGCACCGCUCUGCCACCCUGCCCCGCACCCGCGGCACGGCACGGCAGCCUGGCCACCGGCCGGGGGCCCGCGACGUCUUCCAGAAAUGCCGUUUCGCUCCCCGUGGCGCCCCCCGCUUCAGCUUCGUCAUUGCGGGGCGCCAGGUGGGUCGGCGCUGCCGGGGCCGCCUCUUCCAGACCAGCUUCCCCCAGCACCACGGGCCAGGCCACGUCUCCCGCUAUGCCCAGAAGCUGCCCAUGAUCGGCCGCACCGCCCGGCCAGCCCGGCGCUGGGCUCAUGCUGAGUACUCCCUCCAUCUCCUCCUCUGAGAUAAGCCCGUGGCGGGUGUCCCGGGUGCUAUGGGAUGGCUGAAGGACAUGGCUGGUCGCUGUCGUGCCAGCUAGGCAGUUAAUAAAGCAGCGGGUGCUGUUCGG